AAAUCCACGUUUCGUACUGUAUGCGAUGAUAUUCCCAAAGCCGAUCCUGCAUCCUACUUUUUCUCUUUUGAAGCUUCUCUUCGUCUUCUUAAAGCAAUACUGAAUCCGAAUUCAGAAGGCGUAAAGCGAACCCUAAUAACUGUUGUACAGUUCUAUCAGAUCAAAGUAACUUUGGCGAUGGAAGCACCUACCUUCCCUUCCUUUUGGAGCUUGUUAUACGUUUCUCUAAUUCUAACUGUAAUCAAGCUUGUGAGUGCUAAUUCCGAAGGAGACGCACUCCACGCCCUUCGCCGGAGCUUACACGAUCCGAAUAACGUGCUCCAGAGCUGGGAUCCGACCCUUGUUAACCCUUGUACGUGGUUUCACGUCACCUGCAACCAAGAUAACCGGGUCACUCGAGUUGAUCUUGGCAACUCAAACCUAUCUGGACAUUUGUUACCUGAACUUGGGAACCUAGAACAUCUACAAUAUCUUGAGCUUUAUAAAAACAAUAUUCAAGGAACAAUUCCUCUAGAGCUUGGGAACCUGAAGAACCUCAUUAGCUUGGACUUGUAUAGCAACAACAUAUCAGGAAUCAUUCCUCCUUCACUGGGGAAGCUGAAGAAUCUCGUCUUUCUGCGACUGAAUGACAAUCAGUUAACUGGUCCGAUCCCUAGGCAACUUGCUGAUGUUAAAAGCCUUAAAGUAUUGGAUGUUUCCAACAAUGAUUUAUGUGGAACAAUUCCUACUGGAGGGCCAUUUGAGCAUAUUCCAUUGAAUAACUUUGAAAAUAACCCUCGGCUGGAAGGUCCAGAGUUGCUGGGACUUGCGAGUUAUGAAACAAGUUGCUCGUGAAGACCACAAAGCCUUAGGAUCUGAAUCUUAAAUGGAUUACAUGCGUGUAUUAGAAAAUCAAAGUGUGUUAUUAUCUAUUACUGUAAUAGGCAGCUGUAAAAGUAGCCCCUGUUUUAUGUAAAUGUUAGUGAUCGAAAUGAAUUGUCAUCCGUAAUUGUAUUAUGAUGGUUCAAAAAACGUUAAAAGACGUGAGUUGCAAUGGUGGUUGUGAUUGCUGACUUUCUGAUGGAUAUGAUAUGAUGGACUGAUCUAAUCA